CACCGUACAACCCGUGACGUCAACCCACAACAACACCAUUGUCUGUCUGCUGAUCUCUUCGUUCAUACGUUCGUCAAAUUCACACACUGUCAAAAUAAACCAGGUAGCAUGUACUACAGUCUUCUUGACAGCUGCUCGCGCCUAAAGGACGUCUUUAUUUUUGCUCGCGCUUCAUACCGUCAGACAGAUGUAGUAAGCUCGAUGCUAACUUACACUGAGGAUCUUAUCAUCGGGGUUUGAUUGACUAGCCGCGAAAGUGUGAAGUGCGAUAUUUACCGUGAAAUUAAGUUCCCGAAAUCCUCAUACGUGAAAUGAGUACUCAAUAGAAACUAAAAUAUUUGAGGUAAAAAUCACCAUGGGUGGUCUUUAAUGUCAUGAUCAUUCAGCGAUCCGUUUAUCUUGAUAAGAGCGAGCUCGAUUAACGUUAGAUCGGACACAGGAUCAUGACGGACACGGUGGUCCUCUCCUUCCAGACUCGGCUGUCCGCGGUCAUGGAGACAGUCCUCAAGACCACUAUGUACGAAAUCACCCGGCUGGUGGAGGACAGCUUCUUGGAGCAGAUGGAUCGAGGCAAGCGGGAGGCGGAGGCGUUCAAACGGAGGCUGAUAGUGUCGGAGGCCAAACUGAGAGAACGGGAGAGGUUUAAGAGGGUGAGGUGUGUGGACUGUGGUCGGACAGCGGUGUCCAGGAGGAGGAUACUACACCGAGGCCCCGAAGCACAGAGCAGUUUGGACCACGCACUUGAUGUAAAGCAGGAAAAAGCCUCUGACAGUAGCUGGAGGUGCAGUCCCAAGGGAAGCACAAAUCAUGAAAAGCCUUCAGCAGCUCCAGAAACUAAACAAAAUGUCGAUCAAGUGUGUGAACCUAAACCUGGAGGAGAAGUGAAAGAGGAAGCAACAGAGGCUAGAAACCCGCAAGCUUGUCAAGUGAUACAUCCUCAAAUACACAAACAAAAAGAUCCUCCGGGCAGUGUUGAAGAGAUCAAUGGACUCCGAAUGACAGAUUCUGACCACAAACCAGGUGGCAGAUCUGGCACAGAUAUACCUGUGGAUGAAGCCAGACACCGAAACCUCAAAAAAUGGUUUGAUCCUAAAAAAGACCCUUUAGCAUGGUCACCUGUUUCACAGCCAGAACCAGCCAGGACCUCAGUAUCUUCAGAGUCUCCAGGUUUGAGACCGCAAAUAGGCAGCAUUGACUCAGGGCCUGUUAAAGAGGAAGUUGUAGUGAUGCUUCCACCAGACUGGGAAGAUAUAGAAAGGAUCAGGCCUCAGGUGGUUUCUGCUCAAACCAGUGCUAAGAAAGCACAAUUAGAUCUUCAGCCUGGAGAUCCUCUAAUCACUGGGCCUCAAAGACAGGAGCGGGUUUCCUAUCCUGCGCCUCCCGUCAAGGUUCAGAACCUUGCACCACAAACCGUGCAGCAUCUCACAUCACCCGUUAGGAAAAACACAAAAAUCGUUCUACAUCCCAGUUCGGUUGUGACAGAUCACGGCGCUGUUGAAGUUGACCGGGGACAAUCCAUCUGUAAACCCCUUCCUGCUCCAAAACCCUCUCAUAUCCGUCAGUAUCCUGAAGGAGCCACUACAGGUGAAAGAAGUUUCAGUACCAUACAGCCAGGAAGAAGUCUGCCGCAGAUGGUCAGUAUGAGGGUUCAAGGGGACACACGGCACCUUUCGGCAAAGACAUUGCACAACUGCAGCCAGUGUGGAAAGGGCUUCUCUCAUCUGUGUCACCUCAGAGCUCACCAGCAGAUCCACACAGGUGAGAGGCAGUUCUGCUGUACCAUCUGUGGACGCAGUUUCACCAAACUGAGUAACCUGAAAGCGCACCGCAGGGUUCACACCGGCGAGAGACCUUACAUCUGCACAGACUGCGGGAAAAGGUUUACCCAGAAAUGCAACUUGAAGAGACAUCAGAGAAUUCACUCUGAGUUCACUCACUCUAAUGUAUGACGAGACGUUGGGGGGGGGUGAUAGUGGUAGAAUCUGGUACUUAACACAUUAGAAUAUUAAUUGAUGUUUUGUUGAAUGGUUAAUUUAUUUUUUUUAUAUCAUCCAUUGUAUUAAAAUUACUAGACCUCAUUUUUCGAACCUCAUGCUCAGAAAAUUUUCAUCUGUAGUGAUGUGACCGGAUCACUCAGGGGAAAUGCCAAUUUUAUCAAGAUAAAUAGAAAUAUUUUAAAACAGACCACUUUUCCAUUCCCUCUUGAUAUGGAACAGGCUAUUUCUCACAAAUAAAUGUCCACAUUUUACCCUAAAAUCAAAAGAAGAGAAAAAUAUAUAUAGCUUUGAUGAAUACAACACAAUUGCUCAAGUAUAAACUGGCAAAUGAGAUCCCUUUUGAUUUGUUUGUUUUUUCAGAUGCAUAGCAUUAGCUAUUUGAAAUGGUGCAUUACUGUUUUUUCCUUUUUAUUUUUAAGAUAUGCGAUAAACUGUUUGAAAAACGAAUUUAUGUGCAUAUGCUGCUGUGGGCUUAAAUAGUUACAUGUUCAUAUUUAGAUGUCAGUGGUUAAAGGUUCAAACCUAUGCAGGAGGAGCCAAUGAAAGCACCUGCUAAACUUCAAAUGACUAUUUUAAAAUGUAGUGACAUUAAAUGACAUGGUUCCUGUGUUUUUUAAAGCAUAAAGAAUGAGUAACAGUACAGCUGGUACAUUCAAGCUACUUUCUCUUCUCUUUUUAGUUGAAUGUCUUUUGUUGAUUAAAUGCCACAGACUGUGUUUUAUUACACACUGUGCAAACUCUUCCAGAAAUGCAUGCAAACAGAUUAUUGGUGAAUCAGGUACACCGGAGUAAGCCACGUACAUUACAGGCUCUGUGACUGUAAUUCAAAUCAUUUGAUUCUUUUUCUGUGAAAAUGAAAAAUAUAAAUGAUGAAAUUGCAUUGAAAAUGGACCAAAUGGCAGGACGUUAAUGUCUACAUUUUUGUCAUAUAUAUUUUGUUUUGUAAAGUUAAAUUGAGCUAAAUUAAAUACUUCUCCAUCUGUUUGGUAUGUA